AUGAAGCAUCAGCAGAAGCUCCUGCUCUCCCUGCUGCUGGUGAUGUUCCCUCCGGAAAUUGCUUAUUAUUUCUGGAAUCGGAUUGAAGGAGGAGCUGAAGCCAAGGCCCUCUCCAAACCCUACAUGGCCUAUCUGCAGGGAAAGAACAACCACUUCUGCGGAGGCUUCCUGGUGGCCCCAAACUGGGUGAUGACAGCAGCUCAGUGUUUCAACCACAAACCUCUGACUGUCAUCCUUGGAGCACAGAACAUCCAGAAGAAAGAGGAAAGAUGGCAAACAUUUGAAGUCCAAAAGUAUCACCGCCACCCAGCCUACAGAAUUCUGAAAGGCAAUGCCACCAGCAAUAACUACGUUAAGACCAUCUCCUUGCAAAAACAAAACAACAUUGGACAGCCUGAAUGCACCGUAGCUGGCUGGGGCUACGAGACGCCUGCUGCUAUGCUCCAUGAAACCAAGGUCACCAUUCUCAGAUCAAGGGAGUGCCUAAACAUAUACCCUGGAUUUCCUAUCAACUCAAUCUGUACCCGCAGCGUAUUCCCUGGAGCUCUCAGAAAGGGAGAUAUUGGGGGGCCACUUGUCUGCAAGAACAAAGCCUAUGGCAUCUUCUCCUAUACAUAUAAUGAGUGGUAUAGUUACUAUACAUCCAUUUCUCCCUACAUCUCAUGGAUUGACAGUGUCAUGAAGUCAUAA